UAUGACCAAUAUUGGAGUUUUGAAUUCAGAGAAGACUGUACAAAUGAAUGUCUGCAAAGUUAUAUACAAAAAUUAGAGCUGGAUGUUAUUAGAGCCCAAACUAUUUUAGAUGUUUACAAGUCACUUAAAGUUCCAGAAGGUGGUACUAUUCCUAAAUUUAAUUUUGGAGAUGUAAUGUUCUAUUACCAAGAAAAAGAUGAUGCUAUAAGUAAUAAAAAUAUUCAAGAUUUGUUUAAUAUUAAUUUAUCAAACCUAAACUUUCCU